CUAUCUAGAUGAUUAAAGACAAUUAAAAUAAGGAAGAUCAUACUCUCCAUCGACGCUAUCUUAACGAGUUUGAUUCUUAUCGAUGAAUUAUCUCAUCUGUUGCCCAAAUUUCGCACGACCUGCGUGCCGUUUUCUAAAAUCAUGUAUCAAACUUGCGAGUAUAUUAAGCUGUCCGGGAUGGUCAACGUUAACGAGUUCUUCUCGAUCGAAAAGAUGAAGAACAUGAAUCUUCUUAGUUUUCUCUUCUCAGUAGUACUAUGUACUGCUAUCAUAGUUCUCGCGAAAGAAGAUCAAAAUGAAACAAAAGUAUCUAGUGAAAAAUUACAACUCUCUUCGGUUGAGUCUAGUCGGAAUGAUCUUCCUAAAGUUCUACAAGUUUUACAGUUUUCUACAACUGUGACGGAUCAAGUGACAGAAAAAAUAUCGGAGUCCGUAAUUGAGAAAUUACCGACAACUACGGAUAUUAACAAUGAGGCUACGCAGGAAGAUUCGGCGACAACCGAAGAAAUGGAAGACAUCAACCAGAAUGUCACAACUGAAGCGAGCAUCCUGCCGAAACGUCAUGCGGUUACUUCAGUACCUGAAGUACUGUCGGAAAGUGAAGUGACUAUUGAACAAUCGUACUUGGCUCCAAUGACGUUGGAUCAGCUGGAUAGUUAUUCCUGCAUCGAAGAGGCUUCAACCUUUGGCCAUAACGAAGCACCUGGUGUCCUGAUCCACGAAGUUAUCUGUGAAUUACGGAAACUCUGGCAUUACAUAGUAAUCGCUGCUCAAAAUUUGAAGACUGAAUUUCAAAUAGAAUUACCAAUCGAAACGGAAGAAGCCAUCAUCUUGUUGAAUGAUCUUCUAAUGGACGGAGCUAUAAUCGACACCAUAGAACAAGGUAUAUUACAGCUGGAAGUAUUUUUAGAAAAUCCGGAGAAUCUGAACAGUUUAAUCGACAUCAUUGAAAAAUGCGUACCAAUGUCGCACAUUCAAGAAACUGCGACUAGAUUGAGGAUCGUUGUUGCAAAUUUCUUCGUUCAUCUGCAAGGUAUGGUUAUUUAUCUCGAGCCUCACCAAAGUAUACAUAAUUAUAUCGAACUCUUCAGCGGAUUCCAUGAGAAAAUAUGCACUGCAAUAGAAAACAUAUUAGGUUUCUUUGGUAUAAAACUAGAAGCGGAAGUGAAGUUAGUAUCAGAAUUUAUUUCAACGGUGAGAUUGAUAUUGAUGAAAUUUUCACCCGAAAAAGCCUUCGAAGAAAACUUAGAUAUCUUAAAGGAAUUUGUCGAUAUUCUGUCUAAAAUUUAUGAAAAACUCCAGGUUUCUGAAUCUUCAGAAUCUAUCAUUGAGAAAGUGCAUACAGGGAUUUCCACUUAUAUCUCAACUUCCAUCCCAGAGAAUUUUAAUGUUCCUGUUGUACAUUUCGUGCUACCAGACAAGAGUGUUGCUACUAUAUCGUAUAUCUGGCAAUUAAUCGAUGAAACUUCUACAGAUUCUGUAACAAUUUCAUCGAAUUACGAUGAAACACCAAUUUCUAAGAUAGAUAUUAUAUCAAAUGUUCUCGAGGCAGAAGUGAAAUUCGUCUCAGACCUGUUUGCAUGCGUGAAAUUACUGUUCGAAGAACUUUAUUCUGGACAUACUUUCGAACAACACUUAAAAAUUUUAAAGGAGUGCAUCGAUAAAUUCGUAGAGAUUUAUAAAGAAUACAAUGAAAUGGAUUGUUCGAUAUCUAUAAUUGAAAAGAUAGAAUCAUUGAUUUCUACUUUUGUUUCAACUCUAUUUACACAAGAUUUUGAACUUCCCGUUUUACAUUUCAACUCACCAGACGGAAGUGCUGCUGUUUUAAAGUGCGCCUGGCAAGUAACGACUGAAACCCCAAUUGUUAAAGAAGAUGUAAAAAUUGAUGAAACAAAAUUGUUACCAGGAAAUAUUGUACAAGAUACAACUUCAUUCAAGUCAUCAGUCUCGAUACAAAAUGCUGACAUUUCGACACCAAUUCCAACAAAUAAGCCUUCGGUAUUGCCUUUAACGGUUGUUAUCGCAUCAGAGAAUGUUCCAUUAAGCUCUCCAAUUGAUCUCCCAAAUGUUCCAUCGCUUUCAAAGGAAAGUGCUUACAGUAUUGUUGAAAAAGAUUCGUCGCCGAAAUUGCCCGCUGCAAUUAUUCAACCAUUAGCUUCUACUACGAAGUUACAGACACCUAAUUAUGGAUCGUCAAAUACAAUUAGUUCUUCUGCCUCAACUGUAAGCGCAAUUAGGCUACCUACCAAUCAUAGUCCAAUUGAAGAUAAGCCUUCCCAAUAUAAAAUAACCGGAAGUCCUCAAGAAGAUAAUACAAAAUAUUCUAUAGAAUCUUCUUCUUUGACUGUGAACAACAAUGUUCCAUCUUCUUCGCCGAAAGUGCAAGUAAAUACUGAAACUGUAUCUUUAUCAACUUCUUUACCUUUAGCAAACAAAAAUUCUUCUCCGUUGGGAACAAAGAUUCGAAAUGUGCAACAACCGCCACUUUCUCUAUCUUUCCCUGGAAAGCCAGUUGAUUCAUUAACGAACAGUCCACAAAUUCGUCUAUCUCCUGUAAACCCAACUGAUUCAUUGAUCAACAGUCCUCCAAUUCUCCCAUCUUCUCCUGAAAAAUCUGCUGAUUUCUUAGACUUCGUUCCAUCACUUUUUCCAUUUUCUCCUGUAAACCCACUUGAUCUUCCAAGUGUUAGUCCACCAAUUCCUCCAUCUUCUCCUGUAAACCCAAUUGAUCUCCCAAGUGUUAAUCCACCAAUUCCUACAUCUUCUCCAGUAAAAUCAGUUGAGUUUUCAAUUACCAGUCCACCAAUCCCUUCAUCUUCUCCUGUAAACCCAGUUGAUCUUCCAAGUGUUAAUCCACCAAUUCCUCCAUUUUCUCCUGUAAACCCAAUUGAUCUCCCAAAUGUUAAUCCAUCAAUUCUUCCAUCUUCUCUUAUAAACCCAACUGAUCUCUCAAGUGUUAAUCCACCAAUUCCUCCAUCUCCUCCAGUAAAAUCAGUUGAGUUUUCAAUUACCAGUCCACCAAUCCCUUCUUCUUCUGUAAACCCAAUUGAUCCCUUAAGUAUCAAUCCACCAGUUACUUCAUUCUCUCUUGGCAACCUAGGUGAUCUCUCAGGUAAUAAUUCGCCAAUUCCUUCACCUCCUGAAGAGCCAUCUGAUUUAUCAAACAGCCCACAAAUUUUCUCAUCUCUUGCAAAACCAGCUGAACUCUCAACAAACGGUUCACCAAUUUCUUCAGUUCCUCUUGAAGAACCAACUGAUCUAUCAGAUAAUUCACCAAUCUUUACAGCUCCUCUGAGACCUGCUGUACUUUCAAGUAACAGUCCACCAAUUCCUCCAUAUCCUUUCGGAAGACCAGCUGAACUUUCAAGUAACAGCCCAUCAAUUCCUCCAUAUCCUUUUGGAGGCCCAGUUGAUUUCUCAGAAAACAAUCCACCAAUUCCUCCAUAUCCUUCUGAAAUACCAGUUGAUCUAUCAAUUAAUAAUCCACCAACUUUCCUACCCUCUCCUGGAAGACCAACUGAUCUCUCGUUCAACAAUCCACCGGCCCCCUCAUACUAUCCUGGAAAAUCACCACCAGAUUACUCAAAUUACCCACCAGUUUACUUAACUUCUCAUGGAGAAUCUUCUCCUUCUGUACUGUUUCCUGGCGAACACGAGCCGGAUGUUGUAAAGAACUACAACAAAGUUUUCAGUCCCUUAACUCCUCCUGGUUAUUUCAUACCAGCCUCAGACAUCAUUCCAAAUUUGCCACGUUAUCAACCACUUUCCAAUUCUUACCCUGAUAAUCUGGAAUCUGCAGGCGCAUUUUUCAAAAGUCUUUAUUCUUACCUUCAAUAUGGUAAUCCUGCUGUAGCACCACCACCAAAAGUGUCCAACAAAAUUUCCGAACUUCUCAGACGCGGUUUCCUCCAUCUUUACCCGUGACGACGGUAAAUCCUAACAUUUGCGGUACAUCUGUAUUCUUACCCUCUACGUCGGCUUUCAAUAUCAUUUUAGGUAAUACCAUUUUAUCAGCCGAUGAUUUAAUUGUUAGGUGUCAAAGAAUGUUUCAAAAAAUGAAAAUAAAAAAGGGUUCAAGAUUUACAGGAUGACCUGUGAAUGAAAGACUAAUUGCCAAUCAAUUACCCAUCUUGUAAUUCGUGAACUCUUUUUUGUUUAAUACUCUGUAUAUUGUCGCUAUAUAUUAUAAUCGUUAACAAUGUAAAAUGUAUUUAUUGUAUAUUAAAUUAUAACUAUAUUUAUGUAAUUGUAUAACUAUACGUACGGUUAAGAUUAUUUAUUUGUAUUUAUAAAUAAAAAAUGUAAUUUAUUGAAAGACUACGAAUGAUUACUCAUCCUUAAUCCGCUGACAAUGCGAAUUAAAAAAUUUUAUUCGCCACGAUCGCGAUUAUGAAAUUAAAAGCUUGCGAAUUGCAAUUUUACGACAGACAUUAGCCCAGAACGAAGACCAUCAUUACAGUGAUAUAGACAAUCGUUUGCAGUAUUUCAGUUUUCAGAAUUUAGUUUAUCUGUCAAUUAGAUUCAAGAAAAUUGAGUCUUGUGAAUUAGCUACUUGUGAAAAUUACGAUUGACAACAAUUAUACGAUAUCCUUACAUGAAUCAGCCAAGAAUGAAGGCCAACAUUCUAUUGUACUUUAUGAUUCUGUUGUUACUUCUUGAAAAUUUGGUUUGUACAACGGAAUCAGCCAGUUCCGAAGAGUCAAUAGAAAUUCCACCAAGGAGUCAUCUCCAAAAAAUAAAGGUCGAGACAUCUCCUUUGAAUUUCAUCAGAGGAAUUUUACGCAAGUUUCUGAACUUUUAAAUCAGAAGGAAGUUGCUUAAAACCUAAGAAUCAAAGAGUAAAUACUAUACAAUAAUUUAUCAUCGUUUAAAACUUGAAUCAAUCGAUAAGAAAAAUUAGAAUUCUUUGGAAAGAAUCAUGUCUAAGCGUGCACGUGCCACAAGGAUGAGCCUCGAAUAUAUCUAAACAGCUCAGAGAACAAAGAUACGGGAAUUACAUAAUUUCCGGUAAAACAAAGAUAAUCUACUAUACAAAAAAAAUGCUAUUCGUGAUGCAACACACAAUAAUUAGUCGCAACAAAAGCGACUGUUCAAGUAACCGAGUAAUUCAUUUUUACUUCGGUAUAAAGAAGUGCCAGACGCUGCUCGACCAGCGAUAGAGAAACUGAAAGUAACCGAGAGGCAUAGGGGCCCAAGUGUUUAUUAGUGUGAUCUUUGAUCUUAAUUCGUUUUAUCGCAGUAGCUACUCCUCACACGAGACUUAGUAAAGCAGUUUGCCGUCGUCUUCCUUACUGAAACUAUCAUUAUUUGGCUGCACUUCAGACAAAACCAACGACCAAAAUCAUGUCUCGAUUCUUUUUCUUCGCUGUUCUUUUGGCCUGCGUAUUCUGCGUGCUGCAGGCCGUUCCUGUACCAGACGAUCCCCAGCAACCUGCAACAAACGAUUUAGAUAAUUUAGCGGCGGAAGCGAAGAAAGUGCUCGAUGGGGCCAAAGAUUUACUUGCAAAUGUAGACCUAUCCGAAACUAUGCAAUCAGCGAAAGCGUAUCUUGGCCAAGCAGGGGAGAAUAUUCGUAAAGAACUAGAGAAGAUGACCGAGAAAGUUCAAGGAUAAUUUAUUUAAUGUACACACGAUAAAGCUUGUAAUUUUUAAUAUGAUCUUUUGGGCUAUUUUUAAUGGAUUUAUUAUGAAAUUAUGUUUAGAAUAUGUACAUGUAUUGAAAACAAUAUCAACUUUGACCCGAGCACCAAGAUAAAAAAGAAUUCGUUAUAAUAUAAAUUAUGCGUAUUUUGAUGUAUCAGUGAUUCAUAGUUAUGUAAUGUAUCUGCUUUGCUGAAAUAUUCUGACAAUAAAAUUGUACGUGCACACGA